AUGACAGUGUCAAUAGUCCUCUCUGCUGUAUGCUAUCUUCUUCACAAUCGUUAUUGCAUCCCUCAUCUUGAUCUUGUGCGCGAUUUGUUGGCUCCAUCAAAUCCGGUAUCUGUUCAAGUGAAUGGAAUGCGAAUGUUCCUGCUUUGGUACCAGAUACUUGGGGAGAACGCAGUUACAGAAUGUACAGAUCUGUUUAUUCAUCUUGUGCCUGAUUUUGGCAAGCUUCAUGAUACAUACAAGCCUCUAAAAGACAAAACCUUAAAUCUGACACCAGUCAGCCCUGGUGGAGAUGGCCGAAAAUCCGAUCGCAGUAUGUCGUUGCAGCCAAGGGUGGAUGUAGCGCCAUCUGUUGGGUCUGCACAGUUAAAUGAUGAGCGGAAAAAUUACAUUCUCCUUCGUUAUCUUCUACGAUUUGCGGUUACCGAGGUGGAUAAAAUUCAGUGGAAUUCAAGUACUUUUGACCGAAGACCAAUGUGUUUUUGGUUCAUCUUCGAACAACUCAAACGAUACUACUUUCCUGCUAUCUUUCCAAAGAUUUCAGCAAAAUACAGUUUCUACGAUGGCGUGUUAACAGCGAUGAUAAAGAAUCCUUUGGACUACUCUCCUGCCCCCGAGGGGUACACUCUUCCCGCCACUCAUCUUGCCAUUUACCAGGAAGAGGUUGUGCGCUGGUUGACUGACUUUUUAUAUACCGGUCCACGUGCAUUUUUGCCGAGUUUGAGUGGAGGAUCGCCCCAGCUGCAAGCUUCUCAGAUGUCAUCUUCAAUUAUACCGUCUUCGCAACGACAGCAACGCCGCAGCUCUAUUGCCUUCACGAAUUUACUGUCAAUUUUAGAAAUUCGUCAAACGGUUCCAGGCUAUUUCGCUGAGCAUUCAGUAAUAACGCCACAACGAACGGUUUUCCUAGAGCCCGUUUUGCCCAUGCUACCGGAAUGGAGUUCUGAGUACUCUUCUAAGAUGAUCGAACGCGUGCGUGACAUCCUUUUUUACUCAAGACAGAAUGUCAAUCUGAUCCAUGCAAUCCUCUACCAUACCUCUCUACUGCCACUCGACCGAUAUAAGGCACUUUUUUGCCUUAUUCUUGUCUAUCGUUCAUGGCUGAAGGGAUCUGCUCAACCAAAUUUUAUGCCGGGUUCAAGCCUCAAAGACAUGAGGCGCCGCCGCGAAGCAAGUCUGUCGGCAGUUCUUCCCAAUGUGAGCCUUUCUAAGGUUUCUAACAGUUCGCCCUCUCCUUCGACUCAACACCCGAUCCCACUCACACGUAAUGAUAUUGGCGGAUGCUUGCAGACAACUUACCAGGCGAUGUUUACCAAUCUGGCUCACAUUUUCCUCCGCGUCUGUCCCCCUGCCUGUGUGGUGACCCUUGAGCUGACGGAUAGGGUGCAGGAGACACCGGUGGAUUUUGUUGUUCAGCAAAUCGCGUUGUGCACCCUCAUUCUUGACACCGUUAUCCAACCACUAACUCAGUCCAACGCCCUCAGCACCGAGAGCUGGGAGAAAUUGCUCUUCACUUUGAUGCAUAUCGUUUCGGAGGUCAUGUCGAAAAUCUAUCAGACAGACCAAUUUGAUUCCCAUUGGGUGUCAAAUGAUAAACUUUUGGGCAAAAUGUUCCAGAAAGCUAUGGAUUUUCUAACGCGUCAACUGGGUAAAAUAGUUUUUGGUGUGGAUCUAUCAAAUCUUCCCGAUGAAAGGAAGACCAAGCGGGGGAGGCGGGUUUUAGGUAGAUUGGGUGCAGCUUCGCAGUACCUAGAUCCAUCCCGUAUUGCUUCAAAAGAAAAGCGAAACUCCGCUAAUGUCAAGACUGUUGGUAGCGCUAUGUCAGGUCUGUUGAGCGCUAAACUGCCUUCUAAAGCACUCGAUUUCGAAGAAUCCACUUCUAACGAAGCCAAUUCGAUAGGCUUGGGACAGGGGACACCAGCAGUGGAGUUCAGUCUAACCACUAGUUAUGAUGACACCGACGCAGUCAGCUCCGAUAUAGCUGCUGAACCUCUGAGUGCUACUGAGGCGGUAGGCGCUACCUUCCAUGAGUCACCCAACUUCUAUGAUGGUUGCGGUAGCGACAUUGAUUAUUACCCUCCAAAGGGUCAUAUUUUUGCGUCGUGGAAUGAAUCUCAAGUAGAUGAAGCUGAUGUGGUGGAAGAUGAUGGGAGUGUGGCACUGCCAUCCUCCAAGGCGUUGGAUAAUGGAAUCAACAAGUCGGUAACUCAGACUCAGCUCUACUUCAUGGAAAAUCUUGUUCCUGAUAACACAUAUGAAUCAGAGAACCCCGCUCGAACGACCUUGGUACAUGACAGGGAUUUUUACACUGCACGACCUCAAGAGAAGUCUGAUAAUGUGCAGUUGGAUGUUGUGCGCCAGGGACACUUGCCAGACAGCUUGCCGUCCACCACAACAUUAACGAGAGUUUCGAACUCUGAGUUGUCUUCACAAGCAUCCACGUUGAAAAAACCAGCCCCGGAGUAUCUACAGGGGAGCAGCGUUUUGGCCGGUGGGAAGGAGUUGGGGUGGAAUUCUGACUCUGCCGUGGUCUGUUGGCGCCGCUUUCUCGGCCUCUUGGGCGAUUUUAGCCACCUUUCUAGCCCUGCUGUGAUGGCUGAUGCCUUUACGUACCUCGAUUCACUAACCAACUCUCUCCUUACCAUUGACGCCUACCAACCGCUGGAAAUUAUGUCAAACGGAACAGUGAAAGCGCCUUCAAAUCGUCCUCCCAUUGACUAUCUUGUGCCUGUCUAUCUGAAGGUUCUGCAAAUGUCCUCUGAAUUCGUUGAAGGCAAGAAAUUAGCUCUCAGCAUCUUGAGGAAGAUCCUUAUCGCGCAGCAUGAUAUCGAACCUAGCGAAGAAUUAUUGGCCCAGUUCUACCGUAUUCUGCAUCACCUUCUCACUCAAAAAGAAUGUGUAAAUAUUCAUCCUUUAAAAGUGUUGAAUGUUGAAGCAGGAAAUGGCGAUCUUGGAUUUGAUUUAUCUCAUUGCUCAAAGUCUUCAAAACCACCUAGCAACUUUGCUAGCGAGGUUAUUCGCUCAGACUGUGGGAAAAUCUUUAGCUACUCUCUGUCUGGUUGUGGUCUGUUGACAUUGGACUUCAUACAGGCUGCUGACGAAAUUCUGUGUCAACCUUCUUCAAAAGACGAGACAUUACACGCUCAAGCGAUGUCCAUUCUCGUCACUCUCCUUCCAUUUCAACACCAUUUCGGAACACUGAGGGCAUUCAUUCCCGCUUCUCGCGAGCUUAAAGUGAAGGAGACUGACGACAUCAUUCCUCUCUUGGCCUCCCAACUGUUUCGUGGAGUCGUGGCGGAGGCGAAUGAGGAGGCUCGUCAAGUAGCGAUUUGUGGCCUUCUAGUGGUGUGCUACUCCAAUCUCACUAGGCAGUCGGGUUCUCGCUUCGCUUCAGCUGAGAAGACCACCUCUCUUCGCACCUGCCUCAUCACUCUACUGCGCUGUACACGUCUCACCAACCGCGCUGUCGCUCUCACCGCCAUGAGUAUGCUUCGCACCCUCACUGAGUGCUCGGAAAUCAUCUUCGACAUUAACCCCACUUAUCCCAUCUUCAUUAUUCAGCUCUUGACUGGAAAUAUAUCAGCGUUGAUGGAAUGGACAAUGAAAAUACCAUUGCCACUUCUGACUUCACCGUUUGUUGAUUUGAGCAAGACGGAGGGAGUUGAUCUGAUACGUUCAAAGGAAGUUACCUGCCUCUGGGUAGUUUUCUCAGUGCUCGAAUUCAUCUGCUCUUCUCCCUUCACCUCUGUUCAGUUGGAAUCAGCUGGUCCUGGUUGGGUACCUGGUUGUCCAAUCUCUGAUCCUCUUGCUGGUGAAGCCAAAAGCGAGGCUACUCCAUGGUUUCUCUACCAGCUUCUGUCAGUUGAGCAGAAAAAAAAAUUUGUUGAUGCACUGCGACCAGGUGUGGGCGAUGGAGAACGCCACUCUGAUUCCAUAGAUGUGUUUUCUGAUCAGAGCUACUUUCUGGCACCAACUCCUCUCACUCCAGAGAGCAUUCGAAUGGCUGCUCGGUUCGCUCGCUGUCAACUCUUCUGCCAACUCGGUCGGUAUCCUCUAUCAAGCACCAAUGAUAUAACGGAUUCUCGUGUCCAAGAACAUCAUGAUAGGACAAUGAUAAUUGGCAACGUAGAAGAAGAGCUGACUUUUGAAUCAUUCGAUCAGCCGGACGUACAAAUAUUUGUCGUAAACCGGUCCUUCUUGGUAUCAAUUUUCACUGUUGCUUCUACUGACGAAUCCAACAACUGGGCAUCGAGAACUGGGCAUGCAGUUAAUGCAGAGACCCUCAAGGAGGAUGCUGUAACAGACCUUUGUAAUGUGCGCGUAAUUGUGCGAGACGUCGCAGGCAAGUACGCAUGGGAUGCUACUCAUAUCUAUGGUUUAAUGCCGGAGAUGCAGAAAUGGGCACCAUCACCUCCACCCCGUCAACGAGCUUUUUCAGUCAACUUGGAAACUGUUGCAUCCGAUGAAAAUGAGGAGGACGGCAAAGUCAGGUCAGACUUCCUCAACAAGCUCCUUGAGGAUUUGGUUUCGCAGCACCCUGAACUUAGAUCACAUCUUCCAUUUGAAUACACUAAUGUGGUUGGUGCAACUAAUGUCAGUAGCUGUUUGGCAAAUCCGGCAUUUGAGAAAUGGGCAUCUGAACGAAUCUCCACUGCGAUGAGGAAUGAAAGACGAGCACUUGGACACAGUAUUGAGAUUCCUCCAUUACAUUUCUACGGCAAUAGUGCUGAAGAUAUACUGGAAUCAAGUGAAAUGGAGCAGUGGUUCAAGCUUUGUCAGAAAUACAACACCAUCAAACAACUUCUAUGUCAGCUCGGUUUUUUAUCACAAAGUCGCCGACCUUCAGUUGAAUUACUAAAGAAGUCUUGGGGACUGGUUCGGGAAAUUAAAAAUCUUGACAAGCGGCGAUCGCGUCAAACUUACAAAAUAGCAUUGGUGUACGUCGGGCCGGGACAGGAGGAAAAGCAAGAUAUUUUGUCAAAUUCGCGGGGUUCUGUCGAGUUUCAGCAAUUCGCCUCCAAUCUUGGGUGGCCUGUCAACUUGGCUAAUCAUCAGGGCUUCACAGGAGGUUUGCAGUAUCCUGAGGAUGGUGAAAUCGCCACUUACUUUGCUAGUCCUGCGAUUGAAGUAAUCUUUCACGUCUCCACGCAAAUGCCUUCCGCCACCGAUGAGGACCGACAUCGAAUGUUCAAACACCUCGGCAACGAUGAAGUGAUGAUUAUUUGGACUGAGCAUUGGCGUUCUUUUCGAAGGAGUAGCCUUCGCACGGAGUUUGGUGAUGUGCUUAUUAUUAUCUCACCGUUAUCCAAUGGUCUCUUUCGAAUUGAGAUACGGAAGGAACCAGAGAUACCAUUUUUUGGCCCCCUCAUUGAUGGCAUGCUGGUCUCGGAGGAACAUCUUCCCUUCUUAGUUCGCUCAACGGCGAUUCAAGCUAGUAACGCCAUAAAUAUCAGAAAACCCAAUUUCAAGGAGCACUUUGAAGAGCGAUGCUUCUAUCUUCAGUCUAUCAUCAACGGCCACGCACAAAACACCACCUUUGAAGAUUUCAUCAUGCAAGUAGCCUCACCAAAAACUCUUCUUCUGCCACGUCGUCGCACGGUUUACGUGGUGACUAUCACACUUACGGUUGUCGAAUUUCUAUUCGCAGGUCAAGAGAGUACUAGUCGUGGACCUCCCGCUGUAGCACCAUGUUUUAUGGUUCACCCCGAUACCGAUUCAGCGAGACUUCCAAGUAUCCCAGCAAAAGAUGUGUCAUCACUCGUUCGAAUGAGACGACGUGUGCCCGCUCGAAGCGAAAGUGUUUCAGGGGCAGAGGACUGUAUCACUCCAGCCCUGGCCAAUGAAGACUCUUACCGAGUGAACUCUUUUAAUUUGUCCUGUGAAAACGAAGUGUCUCCAACAGAAACAGCUCCAUGCGCUGCUCUUACUUCAUCUGCACCCACUCCCCUCGACGCACCACAGCAAGUCAUUUUUAUGAAAGAACAGGCACGAACUAACUUCUUUAACCGCAUCUCAUUGCGUCACAAACGACGCAACAUCGGCGCACAGGGGCGCAGGGCAUCCAUCAGUAGAAUUUUCAAUGUCAGCAACCGCUAA